CGACGCAAUUCCGAUAGUUGCUGUUGGGGAUACAGCGCAACACCACUGGACUAGACGCCGCUAUUAACAUCGAAUCUUGUUACUUGUUAGCACCCACGCGAUUUCCUCUACAUUUCCAAAGAUCACCGAAUCCUAUCUUUGUAUGCCAUCAUCGUCUUCAUUCACCCCAAUACCCCCGUAUUAAUCGGCAAAAGAAAAACAACUAUCAUAUGUACAAAACCCUAGGAUUCUGUGUAUACACGUUUAAUUUAAGGGGAAAAAAGGGGUUGUUAUUUGGGAGCGGAGCAAAAUGGGGCCACUAUUAUAUAUAUUAGUGGCAUUGCCUUGCACAAUUGGGGCGAUUGCUUUGGCGAUUCUUCACAUUUAUAGGCAUCUUUUGAAUUAUACUGAACCGACAUACCAACGAUUCAUCGUCAGAAUUAUUUUUAUGGUUCCAGUCUACGCAUUGAUGUCUUUCCUGUCACUUAUAUUCAAUGAGAGCACAAUUUACUUCAAUUCCAUUCGAGAAAUAUAUGAAGCUUGGGUUAUAUAUAAUUUCCUGUCGCUGUGCCUGGAAUGGGUAGGUGGUCCAGGUGCUGUUGUCUUAAGUCUUACUGGACGUGUUCUAAAGCCAAAUUGGUGUUUGAUGACAUGUUGCUUCCCUCCCAUUCCACUAGACGGGCGUUUUAUACGGAGAUGCAAGCAAGGCUGUUUGCAGUUCGUCAUUCUUAAACCUAUCUUGGUGGCACUUACAUUCGUUUUCUAUGCAAAGGGGAAAUACCAGGAUGGAAAUUUCAGUGCAAAACAGUCAUACCUAUAUAUCACAAUUAUAUACACAAUUUCAUACUCCAUGGCCUUGUAUGCGUUGGCCUUGUUUUAUGUAGCAUGCAGGGAUCUGCUCAAGCCAUUUAAUCCAGUUCCAAAGUUCAUCAUCAUCAAGAGUGUUGUCUUUUUGACAUAUUGGCAGGGCGUUUUGGUUUUCCUUGCUGCAAAAUCUGGAUAUAUAAAAGAUGCAGAGGAGGCUGCCGAAAUCCAAAACUUCAUAAUUUGUUUUGAGAUGCUUCUUGCGGCCUUGGGUCAUCUUUAUGCAUUUCCAUACAAAGAGUAUGCUGGUGCCAAUAUUGGCACUUCCCGUGGAUUUGGAGCUAGUCUUGCGCAUGCUUUGAUGUUGAACGACUUCUAUCAUGACACUGUUCACCAGUUUGCACCGGCUUACCAUGAUUAUGUACUCUACAAUCAUAGCAAUGAUACGGGGGAUGAAGGUGCAACAAAGUACAGGGCACGUACGUUUGUCCCAAUUGGAUCUGAGAUGGAAAACGUUAGGAAAAACAAACACAUGCUUGGAUCAAACACACCACCGACCACACCCCCAAGUGCCACCCAUGUACAAGAAACAGGAGCAAAACCAGAGGCAAUGAACUCAUCGUUGCUAGUAGAUGUCUCAAAUUCAGCAUCGACACCAUAUGAUUUCACACUCAUUGACAUGGACUUACAGGUGCCUGCUAAAGAUGCUGGUGAGAAGAGGUGAUUAACAAAAAGCGACCAUCUGUGAAGCCAUGCUCGAUCUGAUUAUCUUCCUUUUCCUCAUCUUUAGUUUUCUAGUUUCCGGGUUUGUACAUGUAGCCAACAGAGUAUGUUUGUAGAUGGGGUUAGGGGUCUCUCCCGGUUGGAGAUGUUGUACAUGCGGUGGCUACACGCUUAUAUACAGUUGAGUUUCUUAAAUACCAAACCGAAUUGAGAAACUUUUUACGUACAUUUAUGUAUACUUGUUGAUUUUCC